ACUACCAUUCCCGACAUGCUUUGGAUUGAGUCCGGCGCGCAGGCGCACUGGAGAGUAAGUCCAGCUGGUUCGGAAGCUGCUGCGCGAGAGAAUAAGCCAGCUAUCCAUGGCUCAUUUGGGCUUUGCUUGUGAACCUCCUCCUGAUGUGGACACAGAUGAUUGUCUUCAGGAAUAUUCAUAUCUCUUCAACCCUGACAUCCUCAAGGGUAAGGUUGCUUUCAUCACGGGAGGCGGCUCUGGCAUUGGAUUCCGCAUUGCUGAGAUCCUGAUGAGGCAUGGUUGCCAGUGUGUCAUUGCCAGCAGAAACCUCCAACGGCUGACAGAGGCUGCCAAGAAACUCUCUGCAGCCACUGGCCAGAGAUGCCUGCCCCUGACCCUUGAUGUGCGGCAACCUCAAAGCAUUAGAGCAGCCGUGGAUGAGGCCCUCCGAGAAUUUGAGAAGAUCGACAUCCUAGUUAACAAUGCUGCUGGAAACUUCCUUUGCCCUGCUAGCUCUUUGUCAUUCAACGCUUACAAAACCGUGAUUGAAAUCGAUACCUUGGGUACCUUCAACGUCUCCAAAGUCCUGUAUGAAAAGUGCCUUCGGGAACAUGGCGGCGUCAUUGUCAACAUCACGGCGACCCUCAGCUACAGAGGCCAGGCUCUCCAGGUGCAUGCUGGGACAGCCAAGGCAGCCAUAGAUGCCAUGACAAAGCAUCUCGCUGUAGAAUGGGGACCUCAACGAAUUAGAGUGAUUAGCCUAGCCCCCGGUCCCAUCUCGGGCACAGAAGGAUACCGUCGCUUAGGUGCAUCUAGGAUGGAAUCCAACUACUACCAGAACAUUCCCCUUCAGCGGUUGGGGAACAAGACCGAGAUAGCCCACAGUGUCUUGUACCUGGCUAGCCCUCUCUCUUCGUACGUGACCGGCACAACGCUAGUGGUGGAUGGUGGAUGCUGGAUGACUUCGGAGAAUUCCUUUCCCUCACUGUUGGGUAUAGCUUCCCCCUCUGCUAAGCUAUAGAUUUCUGGAGUACGGAAUUAAAGAAAGAUGCAUGAGAAAAGGACCCCCGACAUUUUAAGGAAAGGACCCGGUGCCUUCAGUGCUUCUCCACAAACCAUCUGUGACAGUGUGUGGGCAGCAGACACUCGCCUUUUCUAGCUGCAAGGUAGUUUAGAUAACUUGGGCAAUGCUGGUUUUUAAGAUGAUGGGUCUUCAUAUCACAGGAAAAAGUUUGGUGGUGGCGUCACAGAAAGCUACAGGCUGAGUCAUUCUCACCCACCAGCGUGUGCUGUAUCACCUGAAGGGUGGUAGACAGGUCUACCAAUGGCAGAAACAUUUUUGGCUGUGAUUUGAUUUGAUUUGUUUGUAAGCCUUAGUAUCAUUUCCCUUAGCUGAGAUGCUUCCCAACUCAUUCUCAGCCAUGAUUUUGGACCAAAACUGGUGAGUCUGCAUUUUUUGACUCCUGCUGUGUGUUUCCCCCACCCCAAAUAAAUACUCUACUCCAAUAGAAGAGACUAUCUGUAGCUCAGAGUUGACCUGUGGAGUCCU